AUGGCUGAGAAAGAAGCAGAUAUAAAUUUUACUGAGGAAAAUGCAAAUACGAUUGUGCCUGAUGGACAAGUAGAUGUAAAUGUAACUGAAGGAGGUUUAACUAAGACUGUGGAAAUAGAAGUAACCGAAGAUGAAACCGAUUUAAGUGCAGCAGAGGGCCGAAUAAACACCGGUGUGGAAGAAUCAGAUAUAAGUGUAACAGAAGAAGAUUCUGUGUUCGAGGAAGAUGCUGAAGUAUCUAUUCUUGCAGAGAAAGUUGAUGAAGCUGAGGACGAAUUAAAAGCUGAUGACGAAGAAGUAGAAGAAACUGCCGUUGAAGAAACCGAAAUAACUAACACUGAAGAAGAUAUAACUGUGACUGAAGCUGUGGUAAAUCUUGCUGGAGAAGAAGGAGAGGUUUCACUAGCAGAAAAAGAAGCCGAGGUAACUAUGAUGGAGGAAGUAACAGAACUUUCAGUAGCUGAGAACAUGACACAAGUAAAAGAAGAAGUACUUGUACCUGAAAAAGAGGCAGAGUUAACAGUGGACGAAGAAGUAGCAGAUGUUCUUUUGAGUGAGGAAGGAGAAGAAAGAGGAACUGAAGUAAAUAUUGAUGACAAAGAUUCCGAAGUAAAUGAGGUUGAAGAAGAAGUGGGAGUUACUCUGACAGAGCAGGAGGCAGAAGCGUCAGUGAUGGAGAGAGACACAGCAGAUGUUUCUAUGGCUGAUGAGGUAGCAGACGUUUUUAUGGAUAUGGUAAAAGAGGAAGAAUUAAUAACUAUGGCCGAUGAAGUAGCAGGUGUUUUUAUGAAAGAGGGAAAAGAGGAAGAGGAAAUAGCUACGGUCGAUGAGGUAGCAGAUGUUUUUAUGGAAGGGGAAAAAGAGGAAGGGGAAAUAACUGUGGCCGAUGAAGUAGAUGUUUUUAUUGCCGGAGAAAAGGAGGAAGAGGAAAUAACUAUGGCCGAGGAAGUAGACGAAGAAGAAAUGAAUUUAACUGCGGCUGAGGAAGAUACAGAUACAAAUGUGGCUGAAGAGGAGGCAGAAAUUACUGUGGCCGAAGAGAGCCCUGCAAUCGUAGUUGAUGAAGUGGCAGAUGAAUUAGGAGAGCAGUCUGCCCUAAUAGCUGACGAAGGCGAUGAUGCAACUGUUUUUGAAGAUAUCAGAGGAGAUAUUGAAUGUGAAGAGAAUGUAGGAGAGGUAGAUCACAAUUACGAAGGAAGAAAUGACUGUUUAGAGGGAAGCACAGAAAUUUUAGCUACGGACGGUGUAGAUCUUGGCGCGACGAAGGAUAUAGAGGAUAUCGAUGAAGAAACUGUGACUGAGGAUAUGCCAGAAUCAGUUUAUGAAGAAGAAAUUAAUAAAAACAAUUAUGAUGAUACAUUUUGUUCUUCAAUAGAUAGAAAAAUCACCGAUGGGACAAAGACGCAAAACUAUGAACUGGAUCCAGAUAAAGAUAUCGAUGAAAGUCACAAUGAGACGAUCGGCGAUCUACUAGGAAACGAUCAUGACCUAAGAGACAGAGACGAAGCAUCCAUAGUAUCCCACCAUGACAGCGACGGGGGCGAGUCUCUCUUGAUGAGUGAUGCCACGCUGGACACAACGGAGCCAGAGACCAAGGCGGAGUAUGAGGAGAUUUUGGACAGUGCGCUGGAAACGGAAAUCAAAGCAGAGUAUGAGGAGCUUAUAGGCAGUGAGAAGGAGACCAGUGACAGAGACACGUAUCAGGACAUGAUAGACAAGGUGGAAAGCAGCAUAGAAGAGAAGGUAUACGCACAGGCAGCGACAUGA